CCCUGUCAUUCAUUGAUUCAUUCAUUCAUCCAUCUGUCUGUCUGUCUCAUUCAUUCCUUCACUUCACUUUCUCGUGGAUCUUGUCCUCAGCCUCCUGAAGUGUUUUCUGAAACACACAGCAUCAGAUAUCACAGGCGCACACAGAUCAUAUCGCGUUGGUCUGUGUGUUGACCUGGGAGUCGAUUUCGUCGAGAUCGUUGCUGUGAGCAUCGCUCUUGGUAUGAGUGGCCUCAGUAGUCUUGUUAGCUGCCCUGAGUGUGCCCUCCUCCUGCACACCGACCCACAUGGCUUCAUUCCCUGUCUCCGUGCGUGUCUCUCUGUGUGUCCAUCUCUACUGACAUGCAGCUCGUUGAUUUUGUCGAUGUUGUCGUUGAUUGCUUUUAUCUCUUGAUCGGGUGCGGUCUUCGCAGCUCGGAUGUGUCGGGCCAGGCCAACGACAGCACUCGACACGCCGCCAGACACCGAGAGAGGAGACACACCAUGCUGCACACACACAUUCGUCACUCAGAGAUAGAGAGACACGCUCACAAGGAGCGCAUGUGUGUGUACGCGUUGCUUGAAUCUGUGAGCAGCCGCCUUCGCUUCCUGAUUGUAGAGCACACCCACCUACGACACACAAGACACACAAAACAAGGAUCGGUACGUGGAUGAAUGCGAUGUGCUUUCAUCACAGACUCACUCGUCGCAUCAGAUCAGCGAGUGUUUUGAUCGACGAUGCCCCUUGGCCAUCGUGGGUCGUCUCGCCGGCCUUGUCGUCCAAGUAACCAGCUUGUCGCAUGAACAGCUGUCAUGACAUCGCACCACACCACAUUACACGCAGGCACUGUGGUGCGCUGAGUGCGUGAUUACUUGUGCGAGGAUGGCCGGCUGGGGACAUGUGUUGCACAUGCCCUUUGACAGCUCUCCCACAACUUGUCUGAGAUCUCUUGCCGUUGACACGACGAGCCUGUUCGCCAAAACGGUGUCUCCAUUUCUGCGGGCCUUGCUCAGACGCGAAACUCUGCGCACCAGACCCUUUAAUGCAACCAUCGACAGCACAUGACGAUGAAUGUGUCUGUCUCCUGCCGUCAUGCUCACCGUGAGCAUGUUGGGGGACGACAGCGUCUCACUCAUCUUCUUGAACAGCGCGACCUGCGAAAAGAAGGAGAGGGGGAAGAGGAAGGACAGUGGGAGGUGGAAGAGUAGGUGACUGCAUGAGCAGCACAU